UCCUCCCUUCGUGCCGCCCCGAAUGACAUGGGACAGAACCGACAAGCGGCCGCACUAGCAGUGACAUGUCUUUUCCCUAUACUUGCGGCUCUCUUCGUCGGAGCACGAAUAGUCUCGCGGUAUGUAGGCCAGAAUUUUGGCUGGGAUGACUGGCUCAUCCAGCUUGCACUCCUUCUUCUCCUCGGCCAGACGGUGACCAUUUACCAAUACAUCGUUGUAUCACAUACUGGCUACCGCGCGAUAGAGGUUCCGAAGCAGACCGUAGCCCAGAAAGUUGAGGCCGCGAAAUGGAGCUUCGCAGUACAGAUGUUCUAUCACCCCUUGAUGGGAGCCUCUCGAGCAUCAAUCAUCAUGUUUCUUUUCCGUGUCAAAGACCAGCGUCGACGUAUUCGCUUCUCUCUUCACUUUGCCUUCUGGAUGAACAUAGCCUACACAAUCUCCACAUCCAUCGUCAACAUCUUCCAAUGCACCCCAGUCAGAUACGCCUACCUCCGCCCUGAAAUGGACAUCACCGACGGAAACGGUAACGUCAUCGCCGCCGGGGGGAAAUGCAUCAACAGCCUCGCGUUUAUCCUGGGUAGCUGUGCAUUGAGCAUUUUCAUGGACCUCAUCAUCAUCCCGAUCCCGACGGCCAUGGUGUGGAACCUGCAAAUGCCGUUCAAAACAAAAGUCGCAAUCGCGUUGGUUAUGAGCAUGGGCUGGAUCGCAACACUAACCUCGAUUCUCCGUUUAAUAAUCUACCACCACCGCUACACAGUCGCAGACCGCACCUACAACAUCGGCAUCGUCCUCUCCAUCGUCGAGCCCUCGGUCGCCAUAAUCGCCGCCUGCGCUCCCCCACUCCGCCGCCUCUUCACCUUCCUCAUGCCCUCGUACUUCACCGACGACCACACUUCCUCUCGCACACCUUCUUCUUCGUCCCCGUCUAGAUACCGCUAUCGAUCGCAACGGAGCGGCGGUGUGCCUAGGGAGAGCGGUGUUGGGAUCCGCGGGAGUGGGGGCGGGAAAUGGGGUGGAGAGGACGAAGGUGAGGAGGAAGCAAGUGGUGGAGGUGGAGUAGUGGGAGAUGCGAAGGUUGGGAAACCGGCUGAGAGUUUGAGGUUGGGUGGGGAAGGGGAGGGGGAGGGAGAAACGAGAGGACAGGUGUUGAGGGCUUGUCGGUCUAGGAGUGUUAAUACGGGAGGAAGUGAGGGACAGAGACGGGCUAGUGAGGUUGGGUUUGUUUGAUUCUUUCGUAUUCGUGUGUGUGUGGGGGAGGGGAGGAUGUUGUAAUUUUCAGGUGAUGUGAUCGAGAAGGCUGUGAGUUGGUAAGGAAGAAUAUUUCUUGUUUGCAUGAGCACGAUACCUCUUUGUCUAGCGUUUAGCAUCCAGCGUUCAGCGUCGUUCGUUAGUACUAGUCAUCUCGUCUGCAAUCUUUUAAAAAUCGCCAUCUGCCAUGUACGACAACGACACAGAAGAUAAAACACAGUUCAAACUUACCGAAACGAUACAAAAGUAUCAGCCCAUGCAAGAAACACUAAUACAUUACUUGUAAUAGUGAUACUCCUUAUUACAUACGCAACCUCCUUCCUCACCUUCAUCUUAAACAAUUCUACCAAACAGCAACAUUGGGUACUCCCUGUAUCCUUAGCCAUCCACCAACACAUCACCGCCCCUUCUUCUUCUCCUUCUUCUUCCCCUGCUAUUAAAAAUAAUACAAUAUACGCAAUCCCUUUCCAUCUUUCUAUCCUAUCAGCCAGCAAAUGGUUAUUCAACAAACACACAUCUUUACAUUUCCGUCCCUGCUUUCUUUCUUUUUUGCUUUAGCUACCAACAAUAACUGCAGUUAGAUAUACUCUCGUCGAACGUGUUAUAUACACACUACACAUAUGUGCAUACCCAAUUUUUUUUCUCCAACUCUUAAAUACUCCUACGAUAUGAACUACCUACGCAUCUAACCUACCACUGAUUAAACUACAAGCGAUCUGUAUUAAGCCAUCUCUCUUUCUCUCUUUAUUAAUUCCAACGAUACCUCUCCUUCUCGCUCCUCCCUUUAUUCUAAAAAAAAAAACAGAAAAACAUUCAGACAGCAUAUACUCACCCAUACCCUACUUAUCCUUCUUCCUAUCCUAGCAUGGCAUAUGCUUACCCAUAUCCUACCUCUCCUUCUCCUAUCCUCCCAUCCCAACAUAGCAUACAUAUACUCACACUAUAAUACUACUUUCCUUUCCUCCAAC